CGUGGGAACCCGCGCAGUCGCUGGCAGCUCCCUGGGCCGCAGCAACUAAAACAAAACCGAUGUACAAAAGCCAUUCUCCUGUCCGGCCCUUCCCUCCAGUUGGUGCCGUGUGGAUCAAUUUGAACAUUAAAAUGGGUUCGGAAGUGUAGUAACAAAUUGUAAAGGGAUUUCUGAAUAUGAUGAGCCGUGUGAGAAAUUGCUUACAGUCUUCCUGGAGAUCCGGGAUUAGGAAACUUUAGUUCUGAACGAAACCUUCCCUUGGGAAGCUUCACCUGAAAUCCUAUUGUAGGUGUCCUUCUCCUGCCUGCCUGGUUCCAGGCCCCCCUUGACACAGCACUCCUGAGCCAAGAGGGUCUUCUCACUGUCUUCCAACUUUCUCUUGCUGCUCUGCCGUGGACCUGGAGGCCCACUAGCUCUAGCCCCACAGGAAGGAAGGAGAAACGCGUCAGCUGUUCCAAUGUGAAGACAAAUUGACUUCCUUCUCUCCAGGACAGGCGGGCGCCCCUGUUCUCUCCUCUUGCAGCCGAUGCAAAGAGACUCAGAGCCUUGGGAACUAAGAUCUGUGAGUUCCAUCUGUUCAUCCAGAAACUGGGGACCAAGACAAGUCAAGGCUUUGCACAAGUCAUAUAGUGAUUAUCAGCCAGCCUGGGCCAAAGGCCGGCAUCCUGUUGCUUUGUGCCACCUUCUAGAUAGGAAGCCUUUUGAGGGCAGGCACAGGCAUUGAACUGGCUGGGCUUUUAAUUACCACUGCUGCUGACCCGAAAGCACUGGAGGGGAAAGUUAGCUUCUAAAUAUCCUCAAUACUCUUCUAACUGCCAUUUGUAAAUUCCCUCAGAUUGGGGCCCACUUCUGCUUUGCAGAAAUUAUCUGCUUGGAGCCAUGCCUGAUUUAUAACCCUCUCUGGCAAAAACCUCAGAAAAAAGAUAUGCUUUUGUCUUAGACAGCCAUCAGAGGCAGCAGUAGGGCCCAGUGGAAAGGAUCCCCUGGGUGGCAUGAGACUCUGGGAGCCACAAGUCCAGCUGACGGACAGCCUCUUGGGACUUUCUUCUCCUGGGGAGUGUGACGCAGUUAAAAAGGAAAAAAAGAGCCACGAGCCAAACAGUUGCCAAUGAAAUAGGAGAAGGAGCGCUUUCAAGCACACAGGGCUGCUCCUGGACACUCUGAGCUCACCCAUAGCACAGGGGUGCGUGGUCCAGGUCAUGGAGUGACCCUCAACUCGGGUCUACACACGAGAGAAGGAAUGGCUCGGGAAGUCAGUCUGAAUUCCCUCCAGGAAUUGGAACGUGAGGUCAUCCUCCAGGUCCUGUACCGAGACCAGGCGGUUCAAAACAUCGAGGAGGAAAGGAUCCGGAAACUGAAAACACACCUGCAGCAUCUCCGGUGGAAAGGAGCAAAGAGCGUGAGCCAGGAGUACAGAGAGAACUCCUGUGCACGCUGCCACCAGGAGCUGGGGCUCCUGCUGAACCGCGGGGCCGUGUGCCAGGGCUGCAGCCACCGUGUGUGUUCUGAGUGCCGAGUGUUCCUGAGGAAGACCCGUGCCUGGAAGUGUACUGUGUGCUUUGAGGACAGAAAUGUGAAAAUAAAAACUGGAGAAUGGUUCUUUGAGGAACGAGCCAAGAAAUUUCCAACAGAAGGCAAACAUGGGACAGCCGGAGCAAAGCUCUUGCAAUCUUAUCAGGAGCUGAGCAAAAUUUCUGUGGUUCCUCCCACCCCACCUCCUCUGAGCGAGAGCCAGUGCAGUGGCAGCUCUCACAGGUUACAGGAACUUGGUCAGUUUAAAGGAUUUAAUAAGUCCGUGGAAAAUUUGUUUCUGUCUGUUACCACGCACAUGAAAAAGCUUUCCAAGUCCCAGAAUGACAUGACCUCUGACAAGCAACUCCUAGCCACGGGUCCCAGGCAAUGUGCUAGCCGGACGGAGAGAAGGAGCCAGUCUGACACUGCCAUCAACGUCACCACCAGGAAGGCAAGUGCACCAGAUAUUCUAAAAUCCCUCAAUCAAGAGAGUCCCAAACGCCAUACUAACCCUGUUUUGAAGCAAGAGGAUCUCUCAUCCCGGCCAACGCCCAGCGCUGUAUUCUCAGGAGGCUUGAGACACGCAAGUCUAAUUAGCAUUAACAGCACUUGUACAGAGAUGGGCAAUUUUGACAAUGCUAAUGUUAGCGGAGAAAUAGAGUUUGCCAUUCGCUAUUGCUUCAAAACCUGUUCUUUAGAAAUAUGCAUCAAGGCCUGUAAGAAUCUUGCCUAUGGAGAGGAAAAGAAGAAAAAGUGCAAUCCGUACGUAAAGACCUAUCUGCUGCCUGACAGAUCCUCCCAGGGAAAACGCAAGACUGGAAUCCAAAAGAACACAGUGGACCCAACCUUUCAGGAGACCUUGAAGUACGAGGUGGAGCCUGCCCAGCUGGCGACACGGUGGCUGCAGGUCUCUGUAUGGCACCUGGGCACUCUCACCCGGAGGGUGUUUCUUGGAGAGGUGACCAUCCCUCUGGCCACAUGGGACUUUGAAGAUAGCACGACACAGUGUUUCUGCUGGUAUCCGCUGAGGGCCAAGGCAGAGAAAGUUGAUGACAGCAUUCUUCCGAAUAAUGGAGAACUAGCAGUCCGGGCCAAACUGGUCUUCCCUGCAGGGCCCAGAAAGUUCCAGGAGGCCCUAGAAGCUUUCCUUCCAGGGACUGAUUGGCCAUCCCCCAACGGUCAGCUUUGUUUGGUCGUGCUGGGAGCCAAGAAUUUGCCUGUGCGGUCAGAUGGUACCCUCAACUCCUUUGUUAAGGGCUGUCUCACUCUGCCAGACCAACACAAACUGAAGCUAAAGUCCCCCGUGGCGAAGAAGCAGGCUUGUCCCCGGUGGCAGCACUCCUUCGUGUUCAAUGGCGUGAGCCCUUCCCAGCUGAGACAGUCAAGCCUGGAAUUAACCGUCUGGGACCAGGCCAUCUUUGGUGUGAGCGACCGCCUGCUGGGGGAAGCCAGGCUGGGUUCUAAGGAAAACGUAGCUGGUGGCAGGGACAUGUGCUCACAGUCCGAGCUCCAGUGGCAGAAAGUUCUUUCUAGCCCCAAUCUGUGGACAGACAUGACACUCGUCCUGCACUGAAGCCAGAGUUCCAGUCUGCAGCAGGAAGGUUGGCUGGAGGCAUGGGUGUGGACACAUGGCUGGCACAGUCCCUGUGGAGCAUGGACACUGUCUGCAGCUCUGGCACGGGGCACGGACCCUCUUCCAUAGCCCUGUCUGUAUUUAUGUUCAACACAGCACUUGCUGAUAUUACAUAAAUAAGACUGUCUGGUUUCUGUGCUUUGAAUAAAGGUUUGUUACCUCUGUC